CCUUGCUGUAGUCCAAGACCUCAGUCAGGCUGGGACAGGUCUGCCUGCUUUGCCGGGGAAAAAAAAAUAAAAUUGAAAACUUAAGUACGCGAGGCAUGAGCAACAUACGUCACAUCGUGUUCAGACCUCAAGCCGGCACAUCCUGCACGAUGGCCUUUUCCACUCAAACGGUGGCAGCAGGCUGCUUCGGGAAGGUGUACAAACAGAAGUACAACGACACCUGGGCGGCCAUCAAGAAGGUCCCGCAGCCUCUCAUCACCAAAAAGGACCUUGAAAGAGAGUACGAGGUGUACAAAAAAGCCAAUCAUCCAAACAUUGUACAGCUAAUGGGGAAGAUCAAGGCCAUAGAUGGAUUUUGGAUCAUUCCACUGGAGUUCAUCUUUGGAGAGGACCUGGAGACCACCAUCUUUAAGACAGCCAAAUCCAAAAUAAAGCUAACCCCUGCUACUAAAGGCAAAAUCAUUGUGGGCAUGUGUGAGGGACUACUGCACCUCCAUGCCCUAGACAUCGUCCAUCAAGACCUCAAGCCUGAUAACAUCAUGGUGGAACACGACACCCACCGGGCCGUCAUCAUCGACUUGGGCUUGGCCAAGUUCUUCCGCUGCGGCCUCAACUCGGCAAAGGACCGGGGCAACGAGGCGUACUCGGCGCCCGAGGUGCUGCAGGGGCGCGGCCAGCGGGACCAGCGCUCGGACGUGUGGGCCAUGGGGAAGAUCAUCGCCGAGCUGUGCGCCCGCAUCCGCCUCCACACCCCCUCCGUGGGCCCCGAAAAGAUCCGCGAGGUCAUUCCUGAGCAGCCCUACUGCCAGGCCGUGUGCCGCAUGGUGGAGACCAAUCCCGUGAAAAGGGCAUCCGUUGUGGGCGUCAUCACGGACAUAAGGGCGGCCGUGAGCGCGAACCGCCUCCGUCCGCCUUCGACGCACGUCCACCCGAGGGAUCGCUCUCCCUCGCCUCUGAACCGGGAGAGAGGAAGGUCCUCGUUCAACGAGCCACAAAACAGACCGCCGUCCCCUUUUCAGAGAAGCCCGUCCCCGGUCCACAUGGAUCUCCCCCAGCAGGGAUGGGAGCGCAGCCUCCGUCCGCCUUCGACGCACGUCCACCCGAGGGAUCGCUCUCCCUCGCCUCUGAACCGGGAGAGAGGAAGCUCCUCGUUCAACGAGCCACAAUACAGACCCCCGUCCCCUUUUCAGAGAAGCCCGUCUCCGGUCCACAUGGAUCUCCCCCGGCCGGGAUGGGAGCGCAGCUCGAGAUCGCAACUCAGAGUCGACUGCCCCCGGUCGGGAACGCCGUCGCCCAAAAAGCAGGAGAUCCGCGACAACGGCCGCCAGGAUCUGGUCUCCACGGCCGUUCAGGACCUGAACGAAGGCAUGCUGAAGAUGGCUUUGUACAAGGAGGCCUCCCGGGAUCUGUCCUACAAGCUGCCCCCCACCGGCCACGUGAUGGUGCGGCACUACGAGGAGAACGGCGGCGUGGUGACGCGCAACGGGAAGAUCAUUAAGUAUAACGACAUCACCUAUAAAAAUCAAUAA